CCUUAGUUAGCUAUGAGUAUAAUCCUGAAGCUCAUUAAAGCACAACUUUAGAGUGUUGGGUAACUGGGACUGCACUCACACUCACUAAGCCACCUUUCUUGAGACUUUCUCAGUGCACCAUGUCAACUCCGGCUGAUUCAGGUAGUCCCAUACCAUCUGGGCUGAAAGUUUGUACGUCAUUUCCAGAACUCUUGAUGAUAGCUGAAUUUGUUUUUGGUGGCCUUGUGUGGAUCCUUGUGGCUUCGUCUCGAGUUCCUUUCGCUGGAAAUCAAGGCUGGCUGAUGUUUGUCUCGGUCUUCUGCUUUGUUGUAACUACAUUGCUGCUCAUAUUGUACCUCGCUGGAGCUCAGAAGAGGUCCUCUGCAAUGACUGUGGUGGAUGUUUUCUACCACUUCUUUGCAGCUGUGUUUUAUUUAAGUGUCGCCAUUUUGGAGACCAGUGACACAAGGUUUAUCUUAAUACGUCUCAUAACAUUUGAGAAAAAGAUCCAUAAUCUGAACAUUGCUGCCACAGUGUUUGCAUAUCUGGCCACCUUAAUGUACACAAUACAUGCAAUAAUGUCCAUAGUGAGAUGGAAAUCCUCCUCAUGAACAUCAAGUCAAGAAGAAAAUGCAAAACUCAUACCAGAAGAUAUUUACUUUCUUCUUCCCAAAGCUGUUGCUUGAUCUUUUCUUAAUACUAUUUUAUAUUACUUUUGUUUGCAACUGUAAUUACGGCAUUUAUAUCCUAUCAUUUAUAUUCUAUGACUUGUAUGUUAUUAAUGGAGCUAAUUGGGUAUGAGGAAUAUCUAGCAGUUGAAGGCUGUGAAUAUUAUGGUUUCCAUGGAGUAUGGGAAAUCUGGAUCUUUUUCCUCCAGAAAGCUGAGGCAAUUUCAAAUGUAAAAACUGAAAUUGUUAGAUUAAAGGUUAUGGGACCAAAAUUGUUGAAGUUCAGAAACACAAUAUAGAUUAUUCAUGAAAAAUUACUGCAGAUACUGGAAAUCUGAAACCAAUUUACAUAAUCCAAAAUGUAGUUGAAUGGUAGAGGCUCCCAAUCAUACAGUACAGAGCCUUAAUGUAAACAGGAUCAAUGCAAUUGGGUGCUUGAAGCUUGAUGUAUCAAGCAUCCAAUUAUACCAAGCAUUAAAUACCCAACAAUACUAAUUGCAUUUAUCUUCUUGCAUGUACAUCAGCUUCUCCCAUUAUGCCAAUUCUCCUGCUACCGGGGCAAUUUACAGCAGAAAAUUAAUUAACCUAUGUGUUUAGCAUGUGGGGGAAAAACCCUGUGCAUUCACAGGGGAGCAUGCAAACCCCGCACAGAUAGCAAUCAAAUUCAUGAUUGAACCUGGGUCUUUGAAGCUGUGAGGCAACAGUACUGACCACCUGUCACUUACUCCUCUCAUUCCUACGUUGCAUGUCCUAUGGAUAGGUUAGAUCACGUUCAGUCCACACACUUCCGAAUUAAGCCAUUGAAAGCUAAUUUUACAGAAACAACAAUGUUUAAGACGAUAUUGGUGUGGACGAGCUUCUCCUGAGUAAUCCCACACAUGAUCAUUCUUGAAGCCCAGAUAGGCGGACGUUUUGGAAUAAGGUCUUGCUGGAGAAAAUUAGGCAAAUGAUUCACAAAUCUGGAAUGGGGCUUGUCUGGUCUGCUUAUUAGCUGAACUGGUGUCCAUUCUGAAUUUUCUGUGACCAGGUGGUAGAAGCGACAAACCUAUCUUUACAUUAUAAAACCUGAUGGCUGCAUUUACAGUAAUCUUAUUUUGUUAAUUUUGCUUUUCUGUAGCCUGAUCACUAUUCAUAUUGUUUAACUGAUUUAUGUUGAAUUUAUUAUAUUGUGACAUUGACAUCUUGGUUGUAAGGUUAGUUAACCUGAAUGUAAUAUUCUUGCUGGAAAGAAUAGCCCACUGUAAGUUUUGGUUUCUACUUCUUGUUAAGAAAACAAAUAAAUAUGGUUACGAACAUA